AUCUGGCUAGGGUGACCCUACCAGUAGCUAUGCUACAGCCAGCAUAGCUCUUGGGGUCGCUGGGCCUCAUGCAAACUGUCAACAUCAUACGCCGUUGCCUAACAACCAGUCAUUCAGCUGCAGUCAGCUGGGACAUUCUGCGGAGUGAACUGAUCGAAAUUUAUCUGCAGAGGGAUAUUUUUUCUGCAUUGGGCUUGAUACUAACUGCCAGCACCAUGCAAGUCUGCUGAUCAACCAGUCGGUCAUCUGCAGUUAAGUGGAACGUGACGUGGAGAUAAAGUGGAGUCAUGAACAAAAGAAAGGAACCAUCAAGCCUAGAAUCCGAAGCAAAUGACAAAUUAUGCACCAUGAUUCGAGACGUGGCUAUAAAAUGGACUCGCAAAUUGCGUUCUGCUGUCGUAAAGGGUAGACAACAUUGGCUUCUGGAGAUGAAGAUUGUGCAGGAGGAGUGCGCGCAACUGCGUGGUUUUCUGGCUACUCUGCCAGUGCCUGGCGUUUUAGAUAUAAUUGUCGCUCAAUCCGUCGAGAACUUGAUAAAAGUUUUAUCCUCUUUUAACAACUUCAGAGUCGUACCCCGACUUAACACAAGUUAUGACAGAGAGCUUAAUCGCAACAUUUGUAUCAAUAUGUUGAAAUCCGUUCUUCUACCUUGCCUUUACACAUGCAACAUACGUAAUGUAGAUUCAGCAUUCGUACAGGAAAUAAUAGUGAAUCUAUUGUACCUUAACCCAAAAGUCAUUGAUUUACAACUGUCUGUAAUAUGUGAUAAAUAUUGCUUGCAGCUACUUCUGGAAAGAAUUCCGAGUUUGAUUGAUCUGCAGGGAUUCCAACUGCGUCUUACCUGCACUAACGCAAUUGUUAUCAAGUUGUCAGAAUAUUGCACUAAACUGACCAAACUUUUUGUCGAAGACUGUGCCUUUGUAGAUGAUGAUUCUGUCGAACAUUUAUUAAAACUGGCAAAUUUGGUUAAUCUGAACGUCGCGAACACUUCUAUUUCUAACGAAGGCUACAUAACUCUUCUUUCGAGGUUGCCGUUGGUUCAGAAUAUCAUUUGGUACGAUGAUCUUGACAUCGUCCUAACGUAUGUAGCAAGAUGUCUCCUUUCUGUAAGGAAAAUUAUUGGAAGCAUAUCGAAUUCAAGUCUAGUGGCACCGAUUUGCCCAAAUGUUAAGCACGUGAUUCUACUUUCAAUCUCAAAUGAUAUUUCAGGUCUAAAAGAAUUAAAGAGUGUUAAUGCCAUAUCGUUUUUUCAAUGCAGCAGCACUGUUAUCAACUUACGUGCCGCCAUUACAGAUAUGGGCUCGACACUUACAAGAGUGGACAUGCACCAAGUUGUUAACAUUGACAUUGACAACCUAAUAUAUUUCUGCCCUGUUUUGAAGUUACUCAUAAUUGCUUAUAGUCAAAUGACGGGCUCGGAACAUAAUUUUUUCGAUCGUGAAUUACCGCACUUUAAAAGCGUUAGAGAAAUAAGACUGAAGCAAAACUGGGGAGCAUAUGAUUUCUGCUCUCUCUUACAUCUCUAUAUUAAUUUGGAAAUAUGUUAUGUUGUGGGUAUGGACCGAGUAGAUGACGUGUUCGUUGGGCGGCUUUUAACAUUUGGCGGAUUUAAACAUGUCACUGAGUUUGUCAUCGACAACGGAGGGUAUUUGAGUAUGCCAACAGUUCAGCUGAUAAUGAAAAAUUGCCUCAAUUUAACUGUGUUGGGAAAUUUUAGAUCUUGGUCCGGACUCACAGAAAAUGAUUUAAAUGAGUUUUUACAAUUCGUGAGGAGUAAUAACCUCGCACUGACAAUAAAUCUGUAAAUGCAAAUAAUUUUUAAUUGUGUUCGUGUUGAACUAUUUUAGUGUUGCAAGACUGAAAAAUAUCUCUCACAUUCAUUUCGUUCAUUUGUUUUUAUGUCUCACACAUCAACACAAAUUAACAUACACUCGCAUAACUGAAAUUAUUUCCCGUAAAUGUAUUUUUUAAACUUUAUAUAUAACCGAUAUGAGGGUAUCACAUUUCGAAGUCCAUAAGAACUGGCAUAGCUUACAUUGCAUACUUGUGGGUAUUAUAGAAGAAGAUUGUAUGUGAAUUAUUAAUCUGUUACUUUUAAGUAAGUUAUCUACACGGCGCAGCCACGAAGCUUACCGAAGCCUUAACGGAUCGGCCAGGCUAAGGUACCUAUUGUCUGCCUGACAUCGCGCAGGAAAAAACCGAGUUUAUAUUUAUUUAAAAUAUUAUUUUUAUGUCUAUUACAACUCACUUACAAACUAUGAGAGUUGUUGGAAGCAGCUGGUUUAACAUGUUGUAUGUUAGGCUUAUUAAAAUGCAUGUUAUUUUGUAAACAAGGAUUCUUAACUUAAUCACACGUGAUAUGUUUAAGUGACGCUGUUUUUAAAUUUAUUAAUGUAAUGAUGUAUUAUGCAGCGACACUCCUCAUGAAUAUAUUUUUAUAAAUCUAGGCCUAUGCAAUUUAACAAGGUUGUUCAUGGUAACGAUAUUUUACACAUUUAAGAUUAGAAGCUGAUGUGUUUUGGAGUAAGCCCUUGUCGAAGGAGCUGUUUUUUUAGUAUUCAUUUAAAGUCAUCAAAGAGGACUUGUGUAUUAAUAGAACAAAAGAGUGUUUCAAAUUGUUCUAUCUGCAGAAAUAAUUAUACAACUAUAACAUUA